UGUUCAUUCUCCUGAAAAAAUAGAGAUUCCGAAACAGACAAAGACAGAUCCUCCGAUGUUGGAUCUCUUUUGAUCCUCUGCAUUGCUCCCCAUCGCAACUUCUUCUUCCUCGCACACUUCUGCAACAACAACUCUCUGCAAUUUCAUUCAACCAAACCAAAACUUUCAAUUCUCCAUUAUCAUAAUUAUUUUCUCUUAUCCAACUCAGAUCCUUCAAUUCAAUUCUCUUUGUGAAUCAUUAGAGCCUUCAAACGCCACAUUUUCGCCACUCACUGCUCCAUGUGACCUCUGUCAUCGCUCUUGCUUCCACUGUGAUCCAAUGAUUCCGUUGCUUAGCUUCACUUUCUUUCCCAAAUCAUAGAAAACCCCAUUACAAUGAGCAAUUACUCUUUUGGAUCUCAGGCGCCCAAGUCCUUUAUCGCAUACCCAAGAAGCGAAUUCGACUUAGAAUCAGGAACCGCCAUAAAACGAACCCGAAAGCCCAAAAUUUCGCCCUUUCACCCUAUCAGAAUGAUAAAGUCAUUUGGGAAUCGAUUGCACCACUACCUUAAGCUUCAUCCUCUAAAGGGUCUCUUCUUAGCCUUGUCCUUUGUGUUCAUACUUGUCAUAAUUUUCUCUUUUUAUGGAACCCAAUAUAGGGUGCAACGUGGCUAUGUAAAAGCUGAAACGAGUUCUGAUGAUUUCCCUUUCUCCAAGCUUCAAAACCUUGUGAUGGUUGCUGGACAUUCUGUUUAUACUAGUAGUAGUUGUGGCAAAAUUGACAAAGAGGAUUCUUGGUUUUUGGAGUCUUAUCAGAAGAAUCCUGGCCAAGCUUCCACCUUUGUGACACACAUUCUUCAAGGGAUUGAAAUUGCGGCAAAGGAUGACUCUGCUUUGCUCCUGUUCAGCGGUGGAGAGACUCGGAGAGAAGCGGGACCUCGCAGCGAGGCGCAGAGUUACUGGGCUGUUGCGGAUUCAAAAGGGUGGUUUGGUAAGGAAGAAAGUGUGAAAUGGAGAGCACUGACAGAGGAGCAUGCUCGUGACAGCUUUGAAAAUCUUCUAUUUAGUGUCUGUAGAUUCCGGGAGCUUACUGGUUCCUAUCCCCAAAAUAUAACUGUUGUAAGUUAUGAUUUCAAGGAAAAAAGAUUUGCACAUCUACAUCGAUCUGCUAUUGGGUUUCCAGAGUCAAGGUUCUUCUAUGCUGGUACUCCUGCUACAUCAAAUUCAAAAGCAGCUGCUCUAAAAGGUGAGGAAUUGGUUAGAACUCAGUUCCAAAAAGACCCUUAUGGCUGUCGAGGUUCACUUUAUCACAAGAAACUAAAGCGUGACCCUUUUCAUCGUUCAAUUCCUUAUCCCAAUGGGUGCCCUGAAAUUGAAGCUUUAUUCAAAUAUUGUGGACCAAAUCCUUAUUCUGAUGCACUUCCAUGGACACAGUAAACAUGACUCAACUUAUACAAUUGUAUACUAACAAAUACAGAUAUUAAACACAAAUUACAUUUGAUUCCAGAUUGGACUAAAUUGUUGAUAGAUAAUGUGAAGAUUAAAUUUUGUUGAUGAGAUAUAAUGACAGAUUGUGUAGAUCAAAGUGUUGCAUGUUUGUGUGAGGAGAUUUGUUGAAGUUAUCAGUUACUCAAGACGGUUCAAAAACAUA